AUUCUUGGUCUUGGGUUUCCCCACCAGUUCGAGCAUCUCAGCUUCCUACAUUGCCCGCCCCCUUAUUUGCCACACUCAACUUCCUGCCCCACCAGAGGAAGUGGGGAGAGAUAGCAGGUGCAGCGACAGCUAGCAGGGCCAUGGACAAGGAGUAUGUGGGUUUCGCCGCCCUCCCCAACCAGCUGCACCGCAAGUCCGUCAAGAAGGGCUUUGACUUCACACUCAUGGUGGCAGGGGAGUCAGGCCUGGGAAAAUCCACCCUCAUCAACAGCCUGUUUCUCACCAAUCUCUAUGAGGACCGGCAACUGCCAGAAGCCAGUGCUCGCUUGACACAAACGCUGACCAUUGAGCGCCGGGGUGUGGAGAUCGAGGAGGGGGGUAUUAAGGUGAAACUGACCCUGGUGGACACACCUGGCUUUGGGGACUCUGUGGAUUGCUCAGACUGCUGGCUGCCUGUGGUGCGCUUCAUUGAGGAGCAAUUUGAGCAGUAUCUGAGGGAUGAGAGUGGCCUGAACCGGAAGAACAUUCAGGAUUCCCGUGUCCACUGCUGCCUCUAUUUCAUCUCACCCUUUGGCCGAGGGCUCCGGCCCCUAGAUGUGGCCUUCCUCCGGGCAGUGCACGAAAAGGUCAACAUCAUCCCAGUCAUUGGCAAAGCAGAUGCCCUGAUGCCUAAGGAAACCCAGGCCCUCAAGCAGAAGAUCCGGGACCAGCUGAAAGAGGAGGAGAUCAACAUCUACCAGUUCCCCGAUUGUGACUCUGAUGAGGAUGAAGACUUCAAGAGGCAGGAUGCAGAGAUGAAGGAAAGCAUCCCUUUCGCAGUCGUUGGUUCCUGCGAGGUCGUGAGGGACGGCGGGAUCCGUCCCGUGAGGGGACGCCGCUAUUCCUGGGGUACCGUGGAGGUGGAGAACCCACAUCACUGCGACUUCCUGAACCUGAGACGGAUGCUGGUGCAAACACACCUGCAGGACCUGAAGGAGGUGACCCACGAUCUGCUCUACGAGGGCUACCGAGCCCGCUGCCUACAGAGCCUGGCCCGGCCUGGGGCUCGUGAUCGAGCCAGCCGUAGUAAACUCUCCCGCCAGAGCGCCACAGAGAUCCCGCUGCCCAUGCUGCCUCUGGCCGAGACCGAAAAGUUGAUCCGCGAGAAAGAUGAAGAGCUGCGCCGCAUGCAAGAGAUGCUGGAGAAGAUGCAGGCCCAGAUGCAGCAGAGCCAGACGCAGGGAGAGCAGUCUGAAGCUCUCUGAGGACCCCGCGGAGCCCCGCUUUACCUCGGCUCCGCCUUCAGUCGGUCUCCCAUCCAAUCCUGGAGCCCCAGCCUGAGAGGUCCGCCCCCGCAGGGGGCUCACCGGCUAACGGGUUCUCCCAAUCCCAAAUCUGUGGCCCCGCCUUUGGCUCCGCCCCCACCGGCCCCGCCCCAGCUUCCAGCUCCGCCCCUGGCCCCACCCCCGCCGCUCUUCACCCAAGCUGUGACUUCAAUAAAAACAGUUUCAGGGCUCCUGGGUGGCUCAGUCGGUUAAAGUGUGGGACUUUUGAU